AUGAAGUUCAAAGUAUAUGAAAUUAUUGCAUGGGCAAAAGAGGUGAUAGAGCAAGAACAUUGGGCAUUGGCUACUUACCCACCCUUACUCCUUAUUUCAACAUCUUUCAGUUGCUCAACUUGCUUACAUAGCCAGUGCAAGGAGGCAUGGUCAGGAUUCUGGUGGAAGAAGGUAGCUUGCAUGAUCCUCCACCCAAUAAACCCACUCCCACUAACAGACCCUCCAACUUAUCAUUGA